ACAUACCAAAAAUUAGCCACUCGAUUCCCGGAUGAAGUAGUCGCAUUAAUUCUACGAAUGUUUUAAUUCUUUGUAAAACAAUAUCGUCCGUAUAAUAAUUUUAAGAAACGCUCCUUCCACAAACACGUCAUUUAAUCUCUGAUUGGCUUCUUAUAUCUUUAGCCUUUCUUUUAGGGGCUAACGACUGGAGAGAAGCAAUUUCAGAAUACUUAAUUUGAUUCUAGGACCAGGAGUAACGAGGGAAAGACUCACCACAUCCAAUUCUCCGAACCAACUAGCAAAGAGAGAAGUGAAGGAUUCUUUGAAUCUUGUGUAUACUAGUGAAGUCUAGCGAUCUGAAAAACUUGUCAAGUCAAAAUGUCUUUCCCGCUUGUCAGUAUUGCUCAAGGAACAGAAUUAACAUCGGGGAAGCUCAAUGUGUGUGGUAAUGUCACCGAAAGCGACAAGAAUUCGGUAGCAAAGGCAUCUCAAGUCAUCUCCGCAAGUUUUGCUGCGGUCUUCUAUUUGGUGAUGUUCUUCCAGGGCAUUCUCGUCAUUUGUAUCGAGCGCUUUGUCAGAAUUUCUUCUUCACAUGGAACACUUUUCGUAUUUUUUGUGGGGGGUUUAUUUGCCUGUAUAAAUGUAAUCACAACUAGAAACAAUCUCUAUGUAGCAUUGAACUUCCGGCUUUUCACGGUACCUCUCAUUGGAAUUAUAUUUUUGUUCUUUGGCGUCACUCUGUUCUCCAGAGAACUUCCUCCGGGGGAAAAUCGACCAACUUUGGGAAGACAACAGCCCUCGAUGGGCUUGGUGGUUUCCAUAAUAACAGUUCCUCUGGUUGGCAUUGAGAUCGUACUUCUUAUCGCGACUUUUAAUUCUAUAUCAACAGACAAAAUAAAUGAACACUUGACACCUGUUGAAUGGCUCUUGCUCAAGACUGAAAAGUCUCUAUUCCUUGCUCAAAAGAUUUUCCAAGCUCUUUUCUAUCUAUGUCUGCGCAAAACAAGAAUACGCCAAGACUCCGAAGAGAAAGCCCGAUUUUAUUUUAGAUUAUUGUCUUUUUUUAACUUCAUCGAGUGGAUAGACUCACAAGUAAACGUAGAAAGAGACGUUGGUUUGAGUGGAAUCAGGAAAGAACUCGAUGGCUGGUUCAAUUUUGUGACAGUUUUGUACCAAGCAUUGAUCAUAGAUUAUCGCUUAUUGUGUUCAUUACUAUUCCUUGAACAUUCGGCGGAAGUUCAAAAUCAAGACGGCCCAGCUGAAGAGAAUAAUUAUGGAGGAAAUAACCAAGAUGUUGGACUAAGAACAUGUUUUGGAUAUAGUGUUGGCUGUGUAUGCCUCAUUGCUCCCAUAUUCUGUGCAUUAUAUGAUGCUGGUGCUUUUAAUCUGGAUGCAAGGGUCAAUACACUUGUUAUUACCGUCAACUUGGUAAUUGUCAUUUGUGGAGGGUGUCUCCUGUUCAAUAACAACUUGGAUGCUGAUCCCAUUCAACACAGAGAAUCACAAGGAGUCAAAAUCAUGGUUUGUUGCUUGGGUGCUGUGGGAUUUACAUGCUGGCUUAUGGAGGCGGCCAUUGCUUGUUUUUGGGCAGUAAAAAACAGAAGCGGCAUUCAGGGUGUGGCACCCCAGGACAUUCCUUGGACUACCGCAAAGUUUGCUGUACGCAGUGUAACGACAGCAUUUCUCAUUGUCUUGUUCAUGAAAAUAAACGUUCGAGCUUUUCCCUCGAAUAACCCGACCAAAAGUGGAAACUUUACUCUGGUACCUAUUGUGAUGUUUGGGGUAAUAUCCAUGUUUAUCGAGGGCUUAAUUGACCAGAAGGUUGGAUGGGUACACCAAUAUCUCAGGUGUGAAAUACAAGAUCAAACCCUGGUAUUCCUCUUUGAGGCAGGUCUGCCAAUGUACCUGGGAUUUCUUAUUCAUGUUGCUCUCUACUUUAUGGUACUUGCAAAAGGACUUCGGUACUGCGCACCAGGGCCAAUCUUACAUAUUCCAUUAGAUUAA